GUCCGAAAGGAAUCAUUGAAAGAGAACAGCUGAUCGUGCCAUCCUAAGGGUACCAUGAAAAUUAUUCUUCUGGCAUUUUGCUUUCUUUGCCUCUCCGCGAUGAGAGUGCGAUCGAAGCCACAGAUAACUAGACUCUAUCCGAUCCAAGAAAUGAUCGAACGUGAGCAAACGAACACCGAGACGAAGCCUCUGGACAAAUUAUUAGGAAAAUUGCGAGCCACGUACAACUUCGUGUUUCGAAAGCCAGAGAACACGAGUAACGUGGAGAAAAUUUUGGCCAAGGAUGCGCCUGACCCCGACGUUCAAACGUUGAAAUCGAUUUGGCUGAAUCGAAUGGAACAAUACCGGAGGAUUAACCAGGACGCGGAGAAAUCACGUGAACCAGAAAGGACAUAUUUGUCCGACGACGAUUGGGUGAACGAUAUUCAACCGUUGGAUCGUUUGGAACCAUUGGAGUUUGACGAGGAAGAUAUGGAAGAUAAAAAUCGGGACGUGGAGUUUGUUACCCCGAGGAAUGGCUUUCAACUUCCGGUCACCCUGAGCCGCCAUCUCGUCGAAUGGCUUGGCUCGCUUUUGGGAAUUACUUAUGGAGUUUACUCGAAAUUGGCUAGAGUCAUUUAUACUAAUAAUACCGUGACAAAUAAUUAGGAACUCAUUUUAUAUACGUAUCUAAGUUUGGACAAAGAACAUUAUUAUCUGCU